GCUUAUUCUAUAGAGCAGUGACACUUGGCAAUUUAAAUAGAAAGGCAGACACUGGUACUGAAUUUAACAUUAUGGCCACUGAAGGGACAAAUAUUGAGACCCGACUGUCUUUGGACCAGUUUCACGUCAAUGAAGAUUAUGGGUUUAUUCUUCCUGAGCCUCUGACAGACCUGCCAGAAUACUUCAAGCCCUGGAUGGACAUUGCCAAAAAUGUCAGUGAACUCAUCUCAUCCCAUUCCUUGCGCCUCAGAGUUCAUGAUAUGCCUCUAUUAGAGACUGAACUGUUGCAGAGUCACCGUGAGCUCCGUUUGGCCCAUCUCAUUUUGAGUACAUUGACUAUGGGCUACGUAUGGCAGGAGGGGGAAAAAGAAACAGUUAAAGUCCUUCCACGAAGUUUGGCUGUACCAUUCUGGGAAGUGUCUCAGAGACUGGGUCUACCUCCAAUCCUCACCCAUGCUGAUUCAGUUCUUGCUAACUGGAAGAAAACAAACCCAGAUGGACCUUUUGCUAUGGACAACUUGGAGUUGUUAUUGACAUUGCCAGGAGGCGAAAGCGUGCGAGGUUUCUUUCUGGUUACACUUCUGGUGGAGUUGGCAGCUGUCCCUGGCCUGAAGGCAAUUCCUGAAGUCCUCACGGGUGUCCAUUAUAAUGAUGUUGCUAUGGUCACCAAAGCUCUGAAUGUUGUAGGCCAGGCCAUCGACAGCAUGAGGCAGACCCUUAAACUAAUGCACGAAUAUGUAGACCCCUCCAUAUUCUAUGGUAUCAUAAGGAUCUAUCUGUCUGGAUGGAAAGAUAACCCAUCAAUGGCAGAAGGUCUAGUGUAUGAGGGGGUUCAGGAGAAGCCAAUGGAGUUUUCGGGGGGAAGCGCCGCCCAGAGCAGCACCUUGCACUGCUUUGAUGGGCUACUGGGAGUCAAGCAUGAUGGUGAUAGUGGUGCCUUCCUGAGGAGAAUGAGGGACUACAUGCCCCCCUCCCAUAAGCGUUUUAUUGAAAGCAUCUCUAGUCAUCUAUCCUUGCACAACUUUGUGCUCCAGCAAGCAGAUGAACAUCUAACACACACAUAUGAGCAGUGUAUAACUCGACUGGUGGACCUGCGUAACUAUCACAUCAAUAUUGUCACGCGUUUCGUCACUAUACCGGCCUCUCGUGCCAGACAGCUCCGUGCUAAUGGACGUGAUUCGGUCAAAGAGCUCGACGUGAUCAGUGAAGCCCCUACAGCCCUGGAGGAAAGAGGGACCGGAGGUUCCGGGAUUAUGAGCUUUCUGAAGAGGGUAAGAGAUAAAACCAAAAACACUUCCAUCUUUCAGUAUACUGGUGUGAAACAGGUCUUACCAGACCCAUCGAUGACAGAGAUACAGCAGGCGACAUCUGAGCUUAAAAUGUAAUGAACACCAGAGGAACUUCAGAUCAAGUUUGCUUUCUAAUUGUCAUACUUUAGAGAAUUAAAAACUCAAACUUGUCCAACA